AUGAGGAUAUUCGGUCGAGACAAACGCAUCAUUGCUGAUGGCAUCUAUGGGGCAGCAUCUGAGUCUGAUAUCAUCAGCAUUGAAAACGAGUUCAAUUCAAGAGAUAUUGCGGAGUUCAAGGAAAGGGCAUGUGCUCGACACGAGAAGUACAAUGGAAUGAUACAUCUAUUCAAGUGUCUGGAGGAAAAUUUCGGCAUGGCAUUUCCUUCCACAAAGAAUGCUUUGAAGCUUGUUGCUCUUUGGCUUGUAUUCAACUUGAUAAUGGCAGCUUCUCUUUGUUUGAUCCUUACCCUGCCACCUAGGCAACAGCAGAACUCAUAG